GGCUUUACGGCUCCCCUGUUUCGGAGGCGAGCCCAGGAGCGCCCACCAGCAGCCAGCGCGGGUCUCCCGGAGUGUCCUCCGGCUGUCUCGGAUCGGACGCCCUCCCCCUCCUCCUCUUCCCCCCCCCCCCGGGUCCCUCUCUCCUCUCCCCUCUCCCCCGGUCCUUCCCCAUCCGGAGAUGUGAGCGUUGCCAUGAGGCUGUGGUGCCCCCUGCCCCGGGGUUGAGGCAGCAGGUGUCGCAGGAGGCGGGGAAAGGGGGCCGGGAGGUAGCGGGGAGGGAAGGGCGGGGUGUGUGUGUGUGAGUGUGUGCAUCGGGAGGAGGGGGAGUUCUGCGAGGCACCCCGGGGCCGGAGGCAUGGAGGAAAGCAUGGAGGAGGAGGAGGGCGGCGGCGGCGGCGGCUACGAGGCGAUGAUGGACGACCAGAACCACAACAACUGGGAGGCCGCCAUGGACGGUUACCGGCAGCAACCGCCGCCCCAACCGCCGCCACCCCCCUCUUCCUCCUCCUCCUCCCGGGAGCCGCCGGGAGUGCAGCUGCUGGCCGUGGCGGCGGCGGCCUCGGAGAGGAAGGGCCCCAAGGAAGGUCUGGGGCCGCCGCCCGAGGCCAACGGGGUGGCGAUGAUGAUGAUGAAGAGCUGCGACGCGGCCGCGGCCAAGGCGGCCACCGCCCCCACCCCUAGCGCCACCAUCAACAUCAAUACCUCCACCUCCAAGUUCUGUGAGUCCUCUCCCGACCCUCGGCCUCCCUCCUCCCUUUGUCCCGAGGAUCCCCCGCUCCCACAGCCGCGAGUGGCCGCCGUUCAUCGUCCGGAGAGCCCAAAGUUCGCACGGUCGUUAUCUCCCCCUUGGCAGCCACCCUCCCACGUAAUGAAUGUUAUAACUAUUGAAGAUUAUAAGAGCACAUACUGGCCAAAAUUGGAUGGUGCCAUAGACCAGCUUUUAACUCAGAGUCCUGGUGACUAUAUCCCUAUAUCAUAUGAACAGAUAUACAGCUGUGUGUAUAAAUGUGUAUGCCAGCAGCACUCCGAACAGAUGUAUAGUGAUCUGAUCAAAAAGAUAACUAACCACUUAGAGAGAGUCUCAAAGGAGCUGCAGGCCAGCCCUCCAGAACUCUAUAUUGAAAGAUUUAACUUAGCACUUGGACAAUAUAUGGGAGCAUUGCAGAGCAUUGUGCCUCUUUUCAUAUAUAUGAAUAAAUUUUACAUAGAAACCAAGCUUAACAGAGAUUUAAAAGAUGAUCUUAUAAAGCUGUUUACGGAACAUGUUGCAGAAAAGCACAUUUACAGCCUAAUGCCUUUACUUUUAGAAGCCCAGUCAACACCAUUUCAAAUAACACCUUCAACUAUGGCAAAUAUUGUGAAAGGCCUGUAUACACUUAGACCAGAGUGGGUUCAGAUGGCACCAGCUUUAUUUUCUAAGUUCAUCCCAAACAUACUCCCACCUGCAGUGGAAUCAGAGCUUCAGCAAUAUGCAGCGCAAGAUCAGAAACUCCAGAGAGACCUUUUACAAAAUGGAUUUGCAAGAGGUGAUCAGUCACGUAAGAGAGCUGGAGAAGAAUUAGCUUACAGUGUCCACAUAAGGACCAACUUUUCAUGAAGUUCAAACUGACUGUCUUGCAGAUGGCUCAUCAGCAUGUGCCAGUUCCAGAGGGUGCAGAUAGUGAAUGUGUCCUGGAUGUGCUUUCAUUCCUAAAAGGAGACCCUGGAGGAGCUGGGAUUGUAUCCAGAGCACCAGCUUGGGCCCUGCUAAGACUCAGGAGCUCUGUCACCAAGCUAGACUUGGAAGAGGAGGUUGGACUUCGUGCUUGGUUUUCUAAUUUUUCUUAAAAAGUCAGUUGCUGCUAGACCUGGGAAUAAUUUUGAGAGGUGACAAUCUUUCAACAAAUUGUAUUCACACCUCUUCUGUGAGGAACAGGUAUCUUGAGAAGCAUUACUCAGUGAAAAUUGGCAGCCCAAAUCAGCAACUUCCUGCAGAAGACAAGAAGAAUCCUUUUUUGCACUUAUUUUUUGUUCAUUUGUGGACUGUUAAGUGUGUUGGUAUAUAUCCGUUUCAUAUGUCAAGAUAUCUUUUACUUUAAAAAAAAUCAUUAUAAUACAGUAUUUUUUGUCCGUAACCAAAACAAAAUCCCCCUUUUAAAGAGUUGGUCCUUUGUUUAGCAUUAGAAAGUGUGUUAAAAGAGAUUACUAACUCUGCUUUGUCAUGAAUAUUCUGAAUUCUCAUUGGUUCAUUUUUUUCCACUCUGUGCCUUGAGCUUUGUGCACUUUGCAACAACUGAUUUCAAAUUCAAAGAUGCUUCCUGAUGAUGCUCAUGGUAUCAUAUACAAACCCAGGAAGGCACUAACUGCUGCUCAGCUGGCAGGGUGCUUAAUUGAGGGGGGAAAAUUGUUAAUUUGCAGCAGAUUGGUCGGAUAUUCUGUCUGCUUUAAUAUGUGUAUGUUUAUAUUAGUGUUGGGGACCAACUCUUGGAGAAAUUUUCAUUCCCUUUAUCACUUAACCAUGAAUGUGUCAGCUGCUGCAAGUGUUGACAGUAGGUUAACUUAUGAACCUCAGAACACAUACCACUGCUGUGUUUCUAGUGUCGUCAGAACAACUAGCGCCUUUUGAAGUUCUGAGUUAAAUUUUGAAUCCAAAUGAAAUCAGUGGUGUAGGGUUCCUGAUCCAUUUCUUUUUAACAGGUGAGAAAUGUACUUGACAGAAUAAAGCAGUUUGACUCUAGCUUUUGGUAGCCAUAGCAUCCUGACAGAGCUCCUUGGCGUGGCAGAGGUGGGGUUUAGACCUACUUUGCUGUCACAAGGACUCUUCCCAGCAGAGGCGAGGGGGCAUUUUCUCUUCUACGCCCACAGUACUCUCUCCUGGCCAAGUUCCUUUAAGUUUAUUCCCAUUUGAAAGGGGGAGAAAAUUGCAAGAUGUGGCAGGGAAAAAUAUUUCUUCUUUCCUUAAGUCCAAACAGACUAUAUUGCUUUGUGUUACAGACUUCAGUUUUAUGUGGCUAUGUCAGAAUAACUUUUACCUCCUCAAAAAUGGCAGAGGUGGCAAAGAGGCCUUUAGAGGGACCCUUUGGAUUGGUCCACUCGCUCCUGUUUUGAAGCCUUGUCUCAUGUAGCCUCCAUAAAUUCCAGCUGGCUCUUUUUGGAAGGGAGUUAGGCAGUAAGACAGAGGGUUCAAAAGAAAGAUCCAGGGAAGCAAGUCAUCCUUUCAAAGGAAGCCUCCACUUUGGGAAGAUAAGAAUUGAAGGUGUUAUUGAGUUUUCAAAUUAAUUAGGAUCAGUGGUUAAGGAGAACCUUCCGAUCUUAUGGAGCACUUUGAGCAGGGUCCAUUUAACCAUCCAAGGAUCUGUAGGUUGUGGUAAUAGAUAUUGAAUUAUUGUAAAAAAAAAAAAAUAUAUAUAUAUAUAUAUAUAUGUACAUGUACAGGAACAAAAUGUGACCUGAGAAAUUGAUUUCUACACCAGUAACAUUCUAAUUUAGAGUGUUGAAGAAUUCUUUCAUCAUGUAGUUAGAAUUUUACUUUGUUAAUAAAAAGUUUGAUAUUGAGCUUGUAAAUAGUACACAGAACUGAAGUCUCAUGUCUGAGAAGGUCGUUAUAAUAAAUUUUCAUUAGGAAGUAAACUUCAGUGUCCUGCAAAAAGGAAAAACUGAACAUUCCUCUUAAUCUAGAUGAAUGCAUAAGCGUCCUAGUGGUAGUGAAAGCCUUUUUCCACAAUGUAGCAUUCUUGCUUGUCCAACAGUAUGUAUGAACUUCCUUUGUAAGAAAAAAAAUACUGUAUUAUGUUGUGAAUUGGCAUUAAAAUUUCUGUAUGUUUUUGCAUUAUUAACUUAAUGCAGAGGUAUUUUUA